UCUUAUUCCUUCAUUUUCUUUUAAAUUUCACUAAUUACCAUAGCUGGCUCCCUAUUUUCGACCACAAUUCCACCUCAAUCAAUUGCUCUUAAGCCCUUAAAAAAAAAAAUCCCCCUUUUUCAACAAUUUGGCGUCAAAAACCCUAAUUGCAUGAAAUACACAAAUUUGCCAAAUACCCUUUUCUGAUUUUGUAAUUGAGCAUGAAGGUGUUUAAUUGAAGAAUUAAAAGAUGGAGAAUUACGAGCUGGUGAAAGAAAUAGGGUCUGGGAAUUUUGGAGUGGCGAGGCUCAUGAGGCACAAGCAGACCAAAGAGCUGGUGGCUAUGAAAUAUAUUGAGAGGGGACACAAGAUUGAUGAGAAUGUAGCAAGGGAGAUCAUAAAUCAUAAAUCGCUUCGACAUCCAAACAUAAUUCGGUUCAAGGAGGUGGUAUUAACCCCCACUCAUCUUGCUAUUGUAAUGGAAUAUGCAGCUGGUGGAGAGCUGUUUGAGCGCAUUUGCAAUGCCGGAAGGUUCAGUGAAGAUGAGGCUAGAUAUUUCUUCCAGCAGCUUAUUUCAGGAGUCUGCUACUGUCACAACAUGCAAAUAUGCCAUCGAGAUUUAAAACUGGAGAAUACUCUACUGGAUGGCAGUCCAGCACCACGCUUGAAGAUUUGUGAUUUUGGAUACUCAAAGUCGUCUCUGCUGCAUUCGAGGCCAAAAUCAACUGUUGGAACUCCCGCUUAUAUUGCUCCCGAAGUUCUAUCUAGAAGAGAAUAUGACGGCAAGCUGGCUGAUGUUUGGUCAUGUGGAGUGACACUUUAUGUAAUGCUGGUUGGUGCGUACCCUUUUGAAGACCAGGAGGAUCCGAAGAACUUCCGGAAAACUAUCCAACGGAUAAUGUCGGUGCAGUAUAAGAUUCCCGACUAUGUUCACAUAUCACAGGACUGUAGGCACCUUCUCUCUCGCAUAUUUGUUGCCAAUCCAGCAAGAAGAAUUACAAUCAAAGAAAUAAAAACCCACCCGUGGUUUUUGAAGAAUUUGCCUAGGGAAUUAACAGAAGCAGCACAGCUUGCUUAUUACAGAAAAGAAAAUCCAACCUUUUCCCUUCAGAGUGCGGAGAUGAUCAUGAAAAUUGUGGAAGAGGCAAAGACCCCUGCUCCAGCUUCCCGUUCAACUGGAGGUUUUGGCUGGGUAGGUGAAGAGGAGGAAGAAGAAUUGAACGAAGAAGAUGUAGAAGAAGAGGACGACGAAGAAGAUUAAUAUGAAAAGCAAGUGAAGCAGGUACAUGAAAGCGGAGAAUUUCAUGUCAUCUAAGGUUUAAAUUAUCUUUGUUGCUUGUAGAAAGCAUAGCUUUGCGUUUCAUGGUUGUGUAAAAUUGGCUCUUUUCAUGUUGUGUGUGAUUUAAGGAUGUUUGUAAAUUUAUGGUGUUUUGGUUGAAAUUUAUUACCAUGUGUGGUAUACUGAAGUUGGUAGUCAAAGGAGUUGAAUUAUACAUGAGUUUAAUCAACAGACUUUGGUCAUUU